GUUGGCUCCUCCUUCCACCAUGUUGGUCCCAGGGGUCAAACUCAGUCGUCAGACUUGGCUUCUUUACCCAAUGAGUCAUCUCGCCAUCCCAGACUGAAUUUAUGAAACAAUUUAUAUCACUUUCAUCAUUCAGUCAGUCUGUACUUACUGGGAUUAUCAUCAUCCAAGAUUACUUGUUUCAACUUGCAUUUUUGGAGUGCCUGCCCUAGAAAGCCGUUUGAGCAUCCUGUUAAGUUUGUGGUCAUUUGCAAAAUCACCUGAGUGCUGACUGAAGUGUUGUUUGGGGAAGGGAGUGUGGCCAAUAGUACAUGCUUGCACGCGUGAGGCCCUCAGUUCAGUCGCCAGGUUUUGUUUGUCUUUCAGUUGGAAGGUUUUCGAGUUGGAAAGUUUACCAGCUGUAGCCUCAGUGUCGGUAAGUUUUAUUAGUGGUCUUCAAAAGUAAGCUUUCUUUUGUCUCUAGGUUCCCUGGUUCUUCCUGCGAGUCUCGUCCCUUGUGAUCUUUACCACCAGCUGUGGUUAACCUGCCGCUAGCAGAGAAGGUCAACAAGGGGAAGAUGGCAAAUCUACAAAUGAAAGAGGCGGCCCUUGUCUAUCUAGACAGAAGUGGGGGCCUCCAGAAGUUUAUGGGCGACUGCAAGUACUACAACGAUUCAAAACAAAGUUACGCCGUCUAUCGGUUCAAUAUUUUAAUAAAUCCCUGUGAUGUUGUCGAAUUAGAUGCUGAACUUGGAAAUCACGUUUUACACCAUCCCUUAAAAGCUGCUCAAGUUUUUCAGUCAGUCUGCUUUGUCGCUGUUAAGACUCUCUCGUUAAUUGGACAGUUGCAGACUGAAACUCAAAUCAAUAUUAUACUGAAGUUAACACACUUGCCUCCCCUGCCAAGUUAUAAUCUUGAUAUUUGUGAGUUUCCACUUAAUUAUACAUCUCAGAGGUUUUACAUGAUGCAAGGAAUUGUGAUCGCAAUGACAACUGUAACCAAGUACACGCAAGGUGCAAGAUUUCUCUGUUCAGAUGAAGCAUGCCCUUUUUCAAAAGGAUUUCAGUAUAUAAGAGUCCAUGUACCUGGUGCUACUGAAUCUGCAACAGUAAGAAAUGACUUUUUGUGCAAUCUGUGUUCAUCUCCACUUCAAGAAGACAGAAAAUUUAGAGUACUUGGUGAUAAACAGAUAGUUGAAAUAAUUACCACAAAAGUGCUUCAUGCUUUUCAAGGAGGUUCUAAAAGCCAGCCAUUUAGGUUUCAAUCACUCAGUGUUUUUCUAAGAGAUGAGCUAGUGAAUAAAAUGAAAAUAGGAAAUGAAUAUAAAAUUAUUGGAAUUCCCGUCUGUGUCAAAACGUCACAAACUGCUCUCUGUGUAGAAGCAAAUAGCAUCACUCCUUACACAGCAAAAGUUCCUUCAGGAAUCAGUGACAACUUCAGGUGUCUCCACUCCCUGACUUCCAGCUCAAGCUGGAAAUUCACAGCAAUACUUGCCAACAUCUUUGCAUCACAGAUUGUUCCUCCUGGGACUUACAAUCUGCUCAAACUGUGUUUGCUGAUGAGCCUAGUACAGACAAGAGACUGCAGUAGGAAACCAGAAGACUGCUUGGAUAUUUUAAUUAUAACCAGUGACACUCUGCUUGUAGACAGGCUCUUGAAUUUUAGUAUGAAUCUUGUCUCACGCGGUAUACAUCAUCCUGUCUCAACUGAAGUUUUUCCAACUGUGUCCGGAAAUAAAUAUGGAACUGGAGCAGUAAGCGUUCAAGCUGGUAGUGCUUUGCUAGCUAAGGGUGGUGUCUGCUUCAUAGGAGACCUGACAUCACAUAAGAAAGAUAAACUCGAACAGCUCCAAUCAGUUUUGGAGAGCAGAAGCAUUUCAGUGUUCAUCCCAGGAAAGAAGUUUGGGGAUGAUAUUGAUCAGCAAAUGACUUUUCCCAUUCAGUGCAGCUUUUGGUCUUUUGUUGAUAUGGAUUCACCUUCAAGGAAAAAUUUGCAGAAAACCAGUACUCUGAUUGGUCAGAUGGACUGCAGUUUGAUUCCAGCUCACCUUGCAGAGGCAUUUGGAUUGUUGAUUAACUGCAAUGAGUCAUCUCCUUGCCACCCACUUCUCCUUACUGUGCAGCAUACUUUAAAGAAAGCGAUGGAUCCUGAGGGCCUGCUGUAUUUAGCCUCCAAACAGUUCACAACUGAAGACUUUGAAAAGCUACUGGCUUUUGCAAAGAAUUUGAAUAUGGAAUUCAGCUUGGAGGCAGAAAGAAUGAUUCAUGGCUAUUAUCUAGCAAGUCGCAGAGUCAGAACAGAUUCUGUACAUGGAUCAAAGUUGUCAGCAUCUGCAUUAAAAUACUUAGUUUCUUUAUCUGAAGCUCAUGCUAGACUGAAUUUAAGGAACAAAGUGCUCAAAGAAGAUGUACUCAUUGCAGCCUUAUUGUUUGAGCUAUCUCUCACAUUGAAAUACGGGGCCACUGCAUUUUGUGUCGCUCCCAAUGCAUUAUUUCCAUUUGAACUAUAUAACGAAGACUAUUUAGAGCGAAGAGAUCUCUACCUCACUCAGUGCCAACAGCAGCUGCAGCAGUUCAUUGCCACAUAUGGACCUGGGACGACCAUCUUUUCUAGUGAUGAAUAAGCAAUUUAAGGAAAGCUUUUUCACGACUGGAAGAAUGCUUCAGAUGUGCGUAAUCUCAAGGUUACCUAUUAGAAUGUCAUUAGGAGUAUGAAAUGUGGCUUUUAACUACAAAUAUAUAAAUAACCCAAACAUCUAAAACAAAACUGUCUUUAAACAUUACCAAGCUUCACAUCAAAAAUUCCUGGCUACCUGUGUAUCAAAAAUACACAGUUGAGAACAUGGCAAGUGUGAAAAAGUUCUGUUCAUUGCACCAAUCAGCAAUACUUUACCACAAAUAUACCAGUUUAAGCUUGUUCAUUUACCAAGCUGAUGAGUUUAAAUCUCUGCAAUUUAAAUGUGCCUAAGUAUCUAAUGUAAAGGCCUUUCUAUAUUUUACCAUGUGCACUAUGGGCCUAUUGCUUUAUAAGACCAAACUCCUGGGAGGUGACCUUCCCGCCUCCAAUUAGCUGGUACACCUGACUUUUGGUGUUUUUAGGUCCUGGCUGUGAACAGCAAGUUAUAAGAGUAGAAAUUAAGGCCUGAUGUGUGUAGUCUAGGUCUCUAAGGGAAAGCUAAACAAUUCUUACCAGCUGGGGAUCAAACCCAGAGCUUUGGGCCAAUUAAGGAACUCCUCCCCCAGCCCUUACUAAGGCUUCAAAUGCCUAGUCACCAGAAUGUUGCUGUGUUUAUGCUGUUCACUAAACCCAGUUACUCAACCAGCUAAAAGAUUUAGCGGAGUCUCACCUCAAGAGGAAAUCCAGUUUUAGAGUUAAGUGAUCAUAGAUAGAUCACGUAGACACUUUCCUCCCUACAGUGUAUUUUCAGCUAUCUACUAGCAACCAGGAUUGCUUGUACUGACAAAGAAAUCUGGGCUUAUGAAGGGUGAGAACUUUUACUAUGAGAAUGACAUGCAUUUUAAAGAAAUUACCACCAGAGCACUUAGAAUUGUUUAUUUCUAUAUAACUUGUUUAACUAAUUUUCAUCAUUUGCUUCUCUGUUCACGGUUUCUUGACCAAUUCUUCAUUUUACAUUCCAAAAUGUGCUGCACCUUCCCAAAAGAAAAAAGGCAGUUAGAAGCCCACAGAAUCAUUUUCUUCCAUCUCAGAAACUAAGCCCAGGGAUUCAUCCUCAUGGUCUUCAAAGGAAUGCCAAGUAAACAGAAGGGGUUGGCUCCAAUCUGAGUGUUAUCAAAGACUGCUCAAUCAGGAUAGAUGACUGCCUGAGCAAACUUACCCAAAACAACGUGUUUUCAAACCGAAGAUACUCAAGUUGGAUAUUCAUCUCCCGCCACCUACAUGCUGGACAGAACAAACAAUACACCAUUUCAACAAUUUCAUCACAUUUCAGUAAUAUGAACUAAUUUAUACAUUGCUGGCAUCUCAGUCAAGAUUAUUUCUUCAAAGAAACCCUCAGCUGGGUAAACGGCAAAAACUUAAGUCAUCAUGUGCCAGCCAUUACACCAUUGCAAGAACAGGUCCUGUGUUAAUCAAACCAUGGCACACACAAUUCAUACCUUGUUACUGGCAACUGUGGUCCUGGUAACUUGUUCAGUCACUUUCCAUGACAAGUUUUCAGAAAAGUUAUUCAAGUACCUUCAAGAGAGACAGUUGUUGCACCUAAAAAAUUAAACAUUUGACUGUGAA